AUGGUGUCCUUUACCAACCUGUUCUUGGCUUGCUCCACCAUUGUGGGCGCCUUCGCCGUCCCCGGCGACUGGAACAAGCGCCAGACUAUCACCACCAGCCAGACUGGAACCAACAAUGGCUACUAUUACUCUUUCUGGACCAACGGCGGUGGUACCGUUGACUACACAAAUGGCGCUGGUGGAGAGUACAGCGUCACCUGGCAAAACUGCGGUGACUUCACCUCCGGAAAGGGCUGGAGCACUGGAGCCGCCCGGAAUAUCAACUUCUCCGGAUCUUUCAAUCCCUCGGGUAAUGCUUACCUUGCCGUUUAUGGCUGGACUACUAGCCCACUUGUCGAGUACUACAUUCUGGAGGACUACGGCACCUACAACCCGGGCAGCAGCAUGACCUACAAGGGUACCGUUACCAGCGAUGGCGCGACCUACGAUAUCUAUGAGCACCAGCAAGUCAACCAGCCCUCCAUUUCUGGCACUGCGACCUUCAACCAGUACUGGUCCAUCCGCCGCAGCAAGCGCUCCAGCGGUACCGUGACCACUGCCAACCACUUCAAUGCUUGGGCUUCGUUGGGUAUGAGCUUGGGUAGCCACAACUACCAGAUUGUCUCUACUGAGGGUUAUGAGAGCAGUGGCUCUUCCACCAUCACUGUUUCGUGA